AUGGUCACGCACAUUGAAGCGAAAACUCCAACGUACAAACCUGCUGAAUCGCCUCUCCAUCGGGAAUCAACUGCGUUGGGGCUACAGGAACAUCCUCCAAGAUUGUCGACAUUCUCGCACCUCAAUCUUAAUGACUCCGGAGAAGGCAAACACACUACCGGAUGCUCGGUGGCCAUGCUUGUACUGCUUUCCUUGCCGCGAUUCGCUACCAAUAUGGCGUGGUCGGCGCAGUGGGCGGCUCUUGGUCCAUAUCUCGGUACAAUGCUACCGCGUUUUGCUGUACAGCUGACUCAACUGAUUGGCCCACUGUCAGGUAUUCUCGUAGCACCAACUAUCGGCGUCGUCAGCGAUCGCUGCGCAAGCAAGUGGGGUCGACGUCGUCCAUUCUUGAUUUAUGGAGCCGUUACCAGUGCGGCGUGUUGGAUAUUGAUGGGAUACACACGCGAUUUGGGAGAACUUCUUGGUGACUCGGGAAACAGUCGACCAUGGACUGCUUGGCUCACGAUACUGUUUUACACGUGGAUGGAUAUUACUGUUAAUGUGGUGCAAACACCUGCAUUCCUCGUUAUCGCGGAUUUUGCAGGCGAUCGUCAGACUCUGGGGGCUAGUAUCGGACAGGCCAGCUCCACACUCGGAUCCAUCUGUGUAGCUGGAUACAUCUACAUCUUUGGCGCAGCACACUUAACUCUGCGUUGGUUUCUCGGCAUGCUCUCGGUAACUAUGCUAGCUUCUGUGGGUGCUGUAUGCGCGUUUGCUAAGGAAGAGGUACUACCCUCUAAAGACGUGGAAUUAGAAUCGGGCGAAGCAGCUGCUAGCACAAUGAAGCGUAUUGGUGAAGCAUUUUCCUGCAUUGUUCGUGGCUUGAGGACGCUUCCUCACACACUUGCAAUUUAUUGUCUCGUACUCUUCUGCGUCCAGUUCGGUUUUACAGCCUACAAUGGCAACAAGGGUCAGUUUUUUGGCAUUGAAGUCUUUGGUGGUAACUCGACUGAAGCAAACGUUUGCAACUUAAGUCACUGCACGGAGGACCAAGAGCGCUAUAACGACGGCGUCCAGAUUGCUGGUGGUUUAGCUGACUUGCUUUUCAAUGUGUUUGGAUAUUUAUAUUCAUGGAUACUACCAUUCCUGGUUUACCGUCUUGGUGCGCACUGGGUCGUCACGGUUGCAUGCAUUCCACAGGCACUGCUCAUGGUGAUGGCAUUUACAAAAGUUGUUGCUCUGGACGUGGUGAUUGUCGUCUUGACUGCUAUUACGCAGUCCACAGUAUUCGCGCUCGUUGUGCCUAUCAUCGUGCAUGUCUUUGGGACUUCUGCGCAGGUUGGCAUGUACGUUGGGGCCGUGAAUUCUGCCAAUUGUAUGGGUCAACUGCUCAAUUUCUUGGUUGGUGCUGCACUCGUGGACACAUCGCUUGGGUAUGCGUUACCAGUGUUUGUGGGAGGUGCUCUCUCAUUAUUAGGCGCAUUAAUUAGCCUUGGAGCGCUACGGAUUGACAUGCAUUCCAUGUAA